AAUAGAUAAACCUAUUACAAACUCCGUAUAACUCGGAGAUUAUUCUGUUUUUUAUUUUAUUUUUUCUCGUGGCAAUGGCGGGCGCCACUUUGCUUCACUCCCUGUCUCAUUAUCUUCUCCCUUCCCAGGCUCGCCCGCACUCUCUGAUCUCGCACUGCUGGUUUCCUUUCCACCGUUUCUCGUCACCCAACUGUUUCUUUCAUUCUUUAAGCCCUAAUAAACUUCCACCACUCGCCGUUGGAGCGCAGGCUAGGCGAGGCUUAUCUUCUAAAACCAGCAAUGACGACCUUGCAUCUCCUGCUGAUUUGUGUUUUGAGCCCCCCCUGAAAGUGGUAGAAUAUCCAGACCCUAUACUUCGAGCUAAAAAUAAAACAAUUAGCUCAUUUGAUGAUAAUCUGAAGAAGCUUGUAGAUGAAAUGUUCGAUGUAAUGUACAGAACUGACGGAAUUGGGCUGUCAGCACCCCAGGUUGGACUUAAUGUUCAGCUCAUGGUAUUUAAUCUAGUAGGUGAGCGUGGUGAAGGAGAGGAGAUUGUUCUUGUAAAUCCACGCAUCACCAGAUAUUCCAGAAAAGUGGUGCAGUACAAUGAAGGAUGCUUGUCUUUUCCCGGGAGUUAUGCUCUUGUAGAGAGACCAGAUGCUGUGAAGGUUGAUGCACAUGAUAUAAAUGGGGCAAGGUUUAAAGUUGGAUUUAUGAGGUUUUCUGCAAGGGUGUUCCAGCACGAAUAUGAUCAUUUACAGGGCAUUCUUUUCUUUGAUCGAAUGUCUGAUGAAGUCCUUGAUAGUGUACAGGGAGACUUAGAGGCUUUGGAGAAGAAAUAUGAGGACAGGACUGGGUUGCCUAGCCCAGAAAGGAUAAGCACUCGCAAAAGAAGGAAGGCUGCGGUUGGAUUUGGCAAAUUAUGAAGUAAACAUGCGAGCACAUUAUAUCAUGUCCACGUUACCAAAUCUGGAAAUAGUUAUAGAAUGCAUGUGGGUCCCAUGUUGACCUUUCCCCAGUUAGAUACAUCAUUUGGGUUUGGGAUUGCGGACUUGUGGUUCAGAUUUCUAUUAUUUAGAACUUUCUCUCCGUUUUUAAUGAGAAGUGUUGUUGGAUUAUUAACUAUUUGUUCAUUUAUCUUUCAUGUAAAUUCAUUUGCAGGUUAUCUUUUCCAUGGUUUAGCAUCAAGGUUUGAUUAAGAAAAACAUGUGGACAAACUCUUCUGAAAUAUGGGUUCAUCUGAAGGCACAGGUUAGGAGAUGAUGAUAUAUCCUCUAAAUGAUUUGCACUAGACCCUCUCAGGGAGAAUUCAUCAUUGUCAAAGAAGUAUGACCAGGUUCUUGCAAAACCUGCUGUAAUAACAUCUGAUGCCUUAGGACAGCCUAUAGCAUGAGAUAUAAAAAGUCUGAUUGGGUUGAUGUUAUAAAUCAUUUAUAACAAUUUGAUACAAAUGAUUUACGAUCAUUUAGAUGAUCUUCCUCAUAAUGUUAUAAAUGCGGUCUUAAACUUAAGCUCGAAGAACAGUUUGAUAAGCAUUUGAUGGGCUGAAACAACAAGGCCAGUUCUGAAAAUGUUGAAAAAGGCUUCUAGAAAAUUGUAUGCAAACUCAAUAGGAUGGGAUGUCGGAAAUACUAGCAUCUUAACGAGAUGUCCUGUCUUAGAAUGUACUGAAGUGCAGAUGGUCCCUGCGGAUGGAAACCAGGCUUUAUGCAUCAAAGGUGUGUUGUCCAUGCGAUUAGUCAAACUCCAUAUUUGGGAAAUCAGAUGUCAAGAACUGGACCUAGCCUUCCUCCUUAAGGUCCUAAUGUCCAAUAGAUCAUGUUUUGAGUGUUUUUUUUUUCAUGUUCUAUCAUGAUAUCAUCUAUGGGAUCGGAGUUAG